GUGUUACUACGCCAAAGCCAAAACAAAUCAGAAUUUGCUUUCGACCGUCUCGUGUCACCCGAUGUCAGGUGGUAAAUAAUUGCACGUUACGUUUAUAAUGAGCAACGGAUCUUGUUUAGGCGAAAACAAUCUAAGCUAAAGAUGAACAAGUCAACGUUUUACCAGACCAUGUCGUCAGAUCUGGCGUCGGAGAGUACUAUGCUGGAGUUCAAACUACAAAAGAUGGACUUGGGACGUUCUCAACAUAGCUUGACAGAGAGACCACCUUACCGAAAUCAGCAGCAUACACAGAAGGCCUUCGAAACCAUGAACAUUCUAAGGAAGCAGAACCUGUUGUGCGACGUCACGCUCGUGGCAGGAGGCACAGAAGUCAUGGCACACAAGACGGUAUUGGCAUCAUGCAGUCCUUACUUCUACGCCAUGUUCACUGGCUUUACGGAAAGCCGUGCCAACAAGAUAACGCUGCAGGGUCUAGACGGAACCGCCCUCAGCCUCCUCAUAGAUUAUGUCUACUCGGCAGAGGUGCAGGUCACCGAGGAGAAUGUGCAGACCCUGCUGCCGGCAGCCAACCUGCUCCAGCUGAGCGACGUGCAGGAGGCCUGCUGCGAGUUCCUUCAGGGACAGCUGCACCCUUCUAACUGCCUCGGUAUACGGGCCUUUGCCGAUCUGCACGGCUGCCUCGACCUGCUCUCCCACUGCGACACCUACAUCGAGCAGCACUUUGUGGAGGUGACAGAGAAUGAAGAGUUUCUCGCACUGUCUGCGAACCAAGUGGCACAUCUGAUUUCAAGCGACAGGCUCUCGGUUCCAUCGGAAGAGCAGGUCUUCGAGGCGGUGAUGAGCUGGGUGAACCAAGACCUGGACAACCGGGAGAGCCAGCUGGGCACGCUGAUGGAGCACGUGCGGCUGCCCCUGCUCUCCCAGGAAUACCUGGUACAGCGGGUGGAGGAGGAGCCGCUGCUCAAAGGGAACCUGCCCUGCAAAGACUUCCUCAUCGAGGCCAUGAAGUACCACCUGCUCAGGGCAGAGCAGAAGGUCCUGUACGCCACACCACGCACCAAGCCACGCACCCCGGUGGGCCGGCCCAAGAUGCUGCUCGUAGUCGGAGGCCAGGCUCCCAAGGCCAUUCGGAGUGUGGAGUGCCUCGACCUGCAGCGAGAGCGCUGGCUGCAGCUGGCUGAGCUCCCCAGUCGCCGAUGCCGGGCCGGCUUGGCCCUCCUUGAUGGCAGAGUUUUCACCGUGGGUGGCUUCAACGGUUCCCUGCGGGUUCGUACCGUGGACAUUUACGACCCUGCAAGAGACCAGUGGAGUCAAGCCUCGAGCAUGGAAGCUCGGAGGAGCACUCUGGGCGUUGCCGUGCUCAAUGGCCUCAUCUACGCGGUGGGUGGCUUUGAUGGAUCUACAGGACUGAACAGCGCGGAGCGGUAUGAUCCACGCAGCGAAGACUGGGCUCCCGUUGCUUCCAUGAGCACUCGUCGGAGCAGUGUAGGAGUUGGAGUACUGAACGGAUUUCUGUAUGCCGUGGGCGGAUACGACGGUGCUUCGCGCCAGUGCCUGAGCUCGGUGGAGUGCUACGACCCUAUGGACAACAAGUGGUCGCUCGUGGCCGAGAUGUCGUCAAGGCGCAGCGGCGCGGGCGUGGGUGUCCUCGACGGCACCCUCUAUGCCGUCGGGGGCCACGAUGGGCCCCUGGUGCGCAAGAGCGUCGAGUGCUACCACCCGGACACCAACUCAUGGUCGCACGUGCCGGACAUGACGCUGGCACGACGGAACGCUGGUGUGGUGGCCAUGGACGGACUGCUGUACGUCGUGGGCGGAGACGACGGAUCUUCUAACCUCUCCUCGGUGGAAGUCUACAACCCAAAAACCAAGAACUGGAACAUCCUGAACACUUUUAUGACCAUCGGUCGCAGCUAUGCGGGCGUCGCCAUAAUCGACAGGCCAAUCUGAGAGCCUGGCCGUAGACACCCGACAUGUGUCAGUCGGCGUGCGGCCACGGUCUGCCCGUGAAGGUGGCAUCUCUGUACAGUUUAGAAUCUCGUUAUGUUUGCCCCGUGGCCGGCCAUACUUGCGUCGCAGCCAAGUGUACAUUGCGGGGCAGUGCACGCUUUGCCAAGGUUGACGGACGUAAGGAAGAGAAGUUAUAGUAUAUAUAAAACCAAAGUGUGCAAGGGAAAAAUUUUGUGCGUUGGGGUUUUCCUUUUUAACACUGCAUAUUUCCAAUGUUUGUGUCUGUCGGAAUUUCCUCCCUUUCCAAAGAAUUUAAUGUUGUGCAUUGCAUUGGACACAUUGUUUCGUCUGUUUAUCGUGUAUAUAUAUAAGGGCCACACUCGGAACUGGCAAUGUAAGGAAUAUGUCGUGGUCCCCGUGCGGUCUCAAUGUCUUCGAAAGUUGUCUGUGCUUGUGAUAUAAGGUUGCGGUUCUCCCUGAGAGACUGGUUUUUCCUGCCCGAUUUGCCUAGUGUUCACCUAACAGACGAAAGGGCCCGGUGCUUCGUAGAUGUUCGAGACAACACAUGUACGAAGUUGUAGUAACAAUUGCUGUGACGCCGGGAAGAGAGAAAUUUACCGAGGAAUGCAGCGUGCACAGCCGACGGUGUAGUGAAACCUGCCCUCGGAGGAAAUGCCCUUUCGGCGCACCUUUCAUGUUUCUGCCUUGUAAAUACUAUACGAGCCAUAGCUGGCUGAACAGUCUGUCGCUAUACAUGGGCUGUUAUAGGCUUGUUGGUGAAUGAACACUGCCCGUCCUAAAUGCUAAUUGUACAAGGUGUUUCUCUCUGGGCUUUACAGAUUUGUUUUGGAUAAGCUGUGAAAGCUACACUAAGGCUAAUGUGUGCAGGGAGCUAUGUGGCCAAUGAAACAUAAUAUGGGGAGCUAAUUGUCACAAUAAGUCAAAUAAUUAACUAAUUUCUUUAUUAACUUUUCAAUUAUUGAAAAUAAACAUGAUUUCAGUUGGAAACUUGCUGAGCAUCAUCGAAAACCACUAAAUCGGUAACUUGCAGAAAUACUUUGAGCAUGUGGGAAGUGCAGUGGUGCACUAAAGUUACCACUCUGCAACAGGCACCAGGCUAGUAGUAAGAAAAUGCGGAUGAGAAGGGACAAAAUUACUGUCCAGGUGCGUUAUUGCACCGGUAGUCUUGCACCUGCUGCACAAGUGGUAACUGGCACUCGAUGUGCUCAGUCUUUCUAAUAUUGACCAAUUUAGUGGUUUUUCAUGAUGCUCAGAAAGUUCCUAAUUGGAAUCAUGUUUAUUUUUAUUAAUUUAGAGGAUAAUUAAUAUAUGUUAGUUAGCUGACUUAUUGUGACAGUCAGUUCCCUAUAUUAUGUCCCCCUGGCCGUACAACUCGCCUGCACAGACCGCCUUAGUGUAGCUUUCAUGGUUUUUUUUUGUAACGUCUGUAAAGCCUAAAGAAAAACACCCCGUAUAAAAGAUAGGAUUCCUUUCUUGUCAUUUCUUUAAAAUAACUACCGCGAAUAAUUUUUUGGGUGGAGCCGUGAUCACACCUUGCAGAAAGCUUGCAAUGUACGAUCUAGUUUGCCUAAAUCCUUUGGUGCUUUUUUGCAUUGUACUCACAUAGGUUAUGUCUCAAGGAGCUAGUUUACGUGCAUAUGCACACUCAACUAGAGAAGGCAGUACUUUUGAUGGCGGCCUUUCUGCUAUGGGGGAAGAAGCCCUGGUAAAGCGAGUGUUUGCUAGAAAUGUAUUGCCAUCUACAAAUACCGCUAAGGAGUGUCUGGUUCUUGCCGCAGGUACAGCCAGACUUACUUUGUAUGUAAUGGAAAAGAAUAUAUAGUUGUGGCAGCGACACCUGUGACACUAUUCUGCCUUUGUUCAUUUUGUUUCACUCUUGCUAUUUUAAAGCAAGAGGCAAAUAUAGGGUGUUUUACAAGGUGGCUUACGUAAUAAAAUAGUACUUUCUGCAUA